GUUCGGUGGCUCCAUCCCGUGGAAGGAAAAUUUCCAUAAAAUUUUGUACUGAUAUGCACUACUGUAUGUACUUGUGCAUGCCUGUAAGGCUGUUUGCGUUGGAAACCUGGCUUGGGAUUUCGUAGGCCUACCUUACAAAUGCUAAAGUUGUUCCGGCGAAUUAUUGUGGCUUUUGUCAUUGUGGUUCUUGUGGGUCUCUAUUUCAAACACGUUGAUAAGACCGCACCUGGUUCAGUAAAGCAGCCAGCUGCUAGACGAGAACGAGGGGUGGCAGGCAAGAUGUCGGGAGCCGAGCCCAACGUGCAUCCCUUUACCUGGUUGGACUAUGUCAUCUUUUCUGCCAUGCUGGCAGUCUCGGCAUGCACUGGACUGUACCAUGCAUGUGCCGGGGAGGGACAGAAAUCAACGUCCAAGUUCCUGAUGGCUGAUCGCAGCAUGAUGAGUCUCCCUGUUGCCAUCUCCGUCAUUGCUUCGUAUCUCUCGGCGAUCACCAUCCUGGGCGUGCCCUCUGAGGUCUUUGUCUACGGCAUCCAGUACUGGAUGGUAUGCUGGAGCUUCUUCAUCGCCAUUCCCGUCUCAGCGCUGGUCUUCAUACCAGUCUUUCAUGGGCUCGGAUUGACAAGUGCAUAUGAUUAUCUUCACAAGCGUUUUAGUCCAUUGGUGCGUUCCAUUGGUGCGUUGUUCUUCAUUCUUCAAACACUCUUGUACCUGGCAGUUGUUCUUUAUGCUCCAGCGCUGGCUUUAGAAGCAGCCACCAAGUUCCCAAUAUUUGCCACCGUACUCACCACGGGAAUACUCUGUACUAUAUACACUGCACUGGGUGGCAUCAAAGCUGUCAUCUGGACAGACGUCUUUCAGUUCAUUGUUCUCUUUGGGUCCCUCCUUACUAUCACCAUCAUGGGUGUCAUUCAGGCCGGGGGAAUGAAGUACGUCUGGACCUACAACAACGACAGGGGACAUCUCAACUUCUUCAACUUUUCGCCGGACCCAACGGAGAGGCUGACCUUCUGGGGUUUAAUCAUCGGUGGCGUCUUCAAUACCCUGCCUGUGUGGGCAGUCAGCCAGACAUCCGUCCAGAGAUUCCUGACAGCGAAGAACCUCAAAGAGGCCAAAAGAUCGGUAUGGUUUGGUCUGCCCGGCACUGUAUUUGUCCUGACCCUAGUCGGCCUCAUCGGAUUGGUCCUGUUUGCAUACUACAACAACCUUGAAACAUCGCUGGUGCUCGCCAACUCCACUGCAACAACUCCAGUGAUGAAAAAUGAUGGACCCCAGCCUCAUUACACACCAAACUAUCAAAGCUCAGAUCAGAUUUUGGUGUAUUUUGUAAGCCUGGAGUUUGGCAAUAUACCUGGUAUUCAGGGGCUGUUUGUAGCUUGCUUGUUUGCUGGGACUCUCAGCACUGUGUCGUCAGGACUGAAUGCUUUAGCCGCCGUGACCUUAAUGGACGUUGUGCGGCCAUGGAGAGGUCCUCCCAAGCAACGCGCGGACUCAGACGCCAGCCAAGAGGGCUCCACCAACACUGCCAACAGCGCCACCACUUCAGCGUCAACACCCCUGACCUCCGUGGCCGUGAAUCAGGCCCAGGACCGGUGGGACACGAUCAUCUCAAAGAUACUCACUGCUGUGUUCGGCGUCAUAAGUAUUGGCUUAGCUUUCCUGGCUUCUAAGCUAGGCUCUCUGGUCAAGACGGCUAACACUGUGGUAGGUGGUGUGGGUGGACCACUGCUUGGUGUGUUUUCAUUGGGCAUGCUCUACAGACGAGCCAACACUGGCGGGGCUCUGAUAGGAAUCCUUGUAGGUUUCUAUCUGGCCCUCUGGAUGACAAUAGGGGCAGCAACGCACCAAGAUGAAAACGGCAACAUCAAAGAAGAUGCCUUUGCAUUGUACAGGGUCUCUUUCAUGUGGUACAGUAUGUUCACCAGUAUGGCUACCUUUCUAGUGGGAGUUAUAGUCAGCGAGAUCAUACGAUGCUGCAUUCCAGAUGAGAGAUACAAGCGAGUGGACCCACUUCUGCUGGCAACAUUUCUGAGACCGAAAGGUUGGCAUAAGUCCUUCCCGGGCACGGAUUCGCACAACCCAGACAUGCGGAUUGGAGAUCCGGUGUUCCAAAGUUUACUGGCCUCAGGCAACCAGAGCGUGGACCAGGAGAAUGAGUCGCUGCUGGGUGAUCUGGAAGGAAAUGACAUCCAUGAAUUAGGGUCAGUUAUAAACGAGGUCACAGACAUGAGAAGCGCGCAGUAUUAAGCCAACUUACAGCACUAGGGUCUGAGUCCCUGACUUGGAUCUGGUUUGGAUGAUGUUUGGUAAAGCUGUGAUUAUCGAUGAGUCAGUUCCAAGGAAUGAGAACCAAGGAAGUCCUGUGUGUUCAGUCUAAAUUUAUGUGAAUAGAGUAAACUACUCUUGUUAUUUAAACUGUAAAAAACAAUUCGGAUUUGGAAGGUGUACAGUUAACAGUUUUAUCACACUACCUGAAUUUUUUUUUUUUACCAAAACGAUUGUUUUAAUUAGUGGGCAUUAUUUUUGUUUUUUAUGAUAUUAGUUUCUUAUUCAACAGCUGUUGCAGUCACAUGAACUUUCUUUAUUUGGCUGAUUUGUAUGGUCUGUCCUUUCUUAUUUCCUGGAUCUUGGAGUGAUGAUUGUUUGGAAGCAUCUUGAAACCAAAACCUUUCGUGUCCCUUCAGAUAAGCACAUUCCUUUUGGACUUAAUUUUCCCAUGUAAAAAAAAAAUCGCUGGAGAAUGGUGGAGAUUUCCAGCAACUCCAGAUAAGAUGGGGGGCAGGGUUUCUCGUCUGAAUUUGUCCAUUGUAGUGAGGUUUGGCAUUAUACUGUAAUAGGGAUCAAACAAUGAACUAAUGCCUCCAUAGUUGUGCUACUGAAGUCCUGUCAUAUGACAUCACCGUACGAAAGUGUGACCAUAAGUGAACUUGGAACAAACGAUUGGCCAUUUCAGGAACCAGAGGUCCAUAUUUUCAGACAUCACAUCUUGUGAUGAGCUAAACAUUAGCCCUUUAAUAUUAACCCCCGAAAUGAAAGUUACUGACACGUAACUUUGAGCUUUUACUCUGAAAUUUAAAGUUUGUAGUGCAAACGCACAGCGUCUGUAUACGAUUCAGGUGAAAAACGUGUGUGUUAGGCGUCUCUCGUAGCAACCAUAACUGAAAGUCACAAUGUACAUACUAUGUUGUAACUACAUUUUGCCUCAGUAGCAGUUCCAGGGAGACACCUUUUUUAGGGAAAUAUCUUGUCGCUUUUGCCCACCUUUUGCUUUUGUUCUCAACUGGUUAUUGAAUAGCUUCCAAGGCAGAAAAUAUCACUAAGAUGUCCCCACUUAUAUUUUCGGUUUCACCUUCAUUUUGGGUAUUUGUAAAUGACGGCUCGGCCUCUGAGUCAUGUGGUAUGAUAAAAAAAACACACACUCUACCUCUAUUCUGUUGUAAUAACCAAGUUCACAGAUGAUAUUCGCGGUAAAUAAAAAAAUUGAUGGGCAGAAGAGAAAAUGGAGUUUUGCUCCUCAGAGUACAGUCAAGCCAUAGUUUUUCAUGUAAAAGAGCAAAGAAAUGUUUCAUUGGCGCUUGUAGUUUUACACCCGUUGGUGGUUGAAAUAACAGUCCCUUCUCAGCCCAGAGGCAAUAGAAAAGAAGAGCUUAAGUGUUCCCAUUUUACGUCUUCGUUAAUAUAAAUACCAGUAAUAUUGAUGAGGGAAGGAGGUUGCCCAUGUACUAACACAUCUUAAAUGUGCACUUAAUAGGCCUAUGAACUAAUAAAAACCAACACUUAGAGACAGAAGUGGA